AUGGUUCUGGUGCAAGACUCAGCAGGCCCACGAGCAGCCAGGCUCAUCAAGCUCUUCUGGGCUGUUACCAAAGGAGAGCAGCAGAUCACCAACUCUCAUUCAGCCAAUCUCUUUCUGCAAGCCUGUAAGAUCUUCAGCGACAAGAACACAGCUGUCAAAUGUGUUGAAGUCUUGAUCUCCAACCCCUCCGGCAUCCCGGCUCUAGAAAGAGCUGCACGUGCCGAUUUGAGCCCUGGAUUCAUCAAUUCGACCACCCUGCCUUUUAUGAACACACUCUCGGAUGACGGCGUUGCAUCAGUCAACAAUGGCGCAUUCCUUCGUCAACUCCUGUCUGCAAUCUUGGAGCCCUCUACGUUCUGGACCGCAUCUAUGGACGCAUACAGCAAUGGCAGUCUAGACAACAUAGGGCUUGAAGCGUUUGCCUGGCUGUGCUUGCGGAUCGUAUCUGAUCAGAGCGGCUUUAAUGCACACAAGCUUGCUGUUGAUCAAAUGAUGGAACGCCAAUCCCUUCUCAAGUCCAAAUCGCCUGAAGUCAGGAAGAUUGGUUAUCGCAUUGAGAAGCUCAUCAAGAUCUUUUCCCAACCAGGAGCUGCAACAAACGGCGUCACUGCCGGAGGGCGCCAUGACAAUGAUCACAUCAACUUCCGACAGAUCUCUAUCUACCCUACCCGUGACGAACUGUCGUCUACCGAUCCUCCGUAUCUGCAACGUCUUGGAGAAGUCUUUGACACACCAAUGGAUACGCGAAGCCAGCAGUACCGUGACUGGAUGUUCCGCUUACUCCGGGAAGACAUGCUCUCCGAGCUUCGAGAGGACCUCCAGGCUGCUAUGGGCCAAAAGAAGCGCAGACGUCGACCGCUGAUCCUCAGCCAGAUGAAACUUGUUGAUAACAAUUGCGACGGCACGACCAACCCAAACAUCCCCCCAUACACCAUUCUAGUGGCCUGUAGCCGAGGUGUGAAUUUCCCUCCCAAUAUCCGCCAAGCAUACAAGCGAGACUUUAUCGUCAACUCAAAGAACUUUAUGAAGCAUGACUCUUUCGGCGCGCUCUGCUGUGGUGACAAAAUCAUUGCAUUUGGAUCACUCUUCUGCCGGAACAUUGACUGCCUUCUGCAGUCGCCACCUAUUGUCGGAUUCAGAUUCACCGACGAGUAUGGCCUCGAGUCUGCUCUGACGGCCUUGGCAAACAAACCGGAAGACCAACUGAAGUUUCUGCUUGUAGACACUGCUACGUUUGCUUACGAGCCAAUCCUCAAGAGAUUGAAGACUAUUGCGGACAUUCCUCUUGAGGCUCAAUUGAUCGACUCGGACCAGCCGUCGCUCGACAACCCGAAGUCCGCGAAGCUGUAUGACCUGCUCAAUGGCUUCCAGGCAGGCUAUGAGGCUGGGAUUAGCGUCAGAAUGCCUUCAAGCUUGAAGCUUAAGAAGGACAUCUACCUCCAAGAUGCUCAGCUCAAGUCCUUCAUCCACGGAUUGAGUACCGAUGUGGCUUUGAUCCAAGGUCCACCUGGCACUGGCAAAUCAUUCCUCGGUGCACUUAUUCUCUUGGCUAUACUGCGUCUCACCGACUCUCGCAUUCUCGUGUUAAGCUACACAAAUCAUGCUCUUGAUCAAUUCUUGGAAGAUCUCAUGGAUAUUGGCGUUAGUUCGGAUCAAAUUGUCCGUCUCGGGUCCAAAUUUACCGAAGCCACCAAGCCCACACGUUUACGGGAGUACGAUGGUCAAAAGAGAUACUGGUUGACUAUGGAGGAGAGGAAUAUCCUCAGUACUCUACGGAAUGAUGAGACAUCACUCGAGACGCAGAUACAAGAGCACAGUAAGAAGCUUGCAGGGCAUGGUGCUCAACCCGCCGAUAUCCUUGAGUACCUUGAGUUCUCCGACGGGUUCACAUCGGCGUGGUCCGCAUUCCAGGUUGUUGAUGACGAUGGAUUCCAGACGGCUGAUGCGAAGGGCAAGGUAAGUGGGUCUGAAACAAUCUACCAGUAUUGGCUUCGCAACGGCGAUGUUGACAAGAUGGGCAACCUGGGCGCCUCAUUGGAAGACUCUGCACGCAGGAUUUGGGACCUGUCGCAUGACUCAAGAAAGGACUUGCAUGACGAAUGGUCUGCGAAAGUCCGACAGGAGCAAAUCGUCAGCUUUGUCGACCUCAAUAAGAGAUAUGGAGAUGUCAAGGCCAGAGUCAAGAGUAUACUUGACGAGCGCGGCAGGAGAGUGCUUCAAGACAAGCGAAUCAUCGGAAGUACGACCACCGCUGCAGCAAUGUACCAGUCUAUAAUUGAAACGGCUAACCCCGAUGUUAUCCUUGUCGAAGAGGCUGGAGAAAUUCUCGAGGCACAUAUCGUCACUGCUAUGAGCGCCUCAGUCAAACAGCUCAUUCUUAUCGGCGACCACAAGCAGCUGAGACCGAAAGUCAACAAUUACGCCUUGACCAAAGAAAAGGGUGAAGGUUAUGAUCUGAACGUGUCACUCUUCGAAAGACUUGUUACGCAAGGCCGUCAUUUCACAGCACUUGAGGAGCAGCAUCGCAGUCACUCCGACAUAUCACAAUAUACUCGUAUGUUGGCAUAUCCCGAGUUGAAGGACGCACCUUCCACCCUAGAACGUGGCCCUAUUCGAGGGCUUGAGAACCGAGUCACUUUCGUUCAUCACGAAAAGCCCGAGGAUACCAUGAACGAUGUGAGCGAGCGCCGAGACCCUACCACCAAAUCUAGCAAAAGGAACCGUCAUGAAGCUUUGAUGGUACUCAAGACUGUCCGUUUUCUUUCGCAAAAUGGGUACAAGACCGAGAACAUGGUAGUUCUUACACCAUACCUCGGGCAACUGUCACUACUGAGGGAGAUCCUUCGCGAAGACCAUGAUCCUGUGCUAAGCGACCUCGAUUCGCAUGACUUGGUGCAAGCUGGACUUGUCACGCCAGCAGCAGCCAAGGUCAACAAGAAAUCGCUACGUUUGUCUACUAUAGAUAAUUACCAAGGAGAAGAAUGCGACAUUGUCAUUGUGUCACUGACACGCAGUAAUGACUCUGGAGAUAUCGGCUUCCUACAAGCUCGCGAGCGCCUUGUUGUGCUACUUUCCCGAGCACGAGAUGGUAUGGUCCUUUUCGGCAACAUGGAGACAUUCAUGAAGAGUAAGAACGGAGGCGAGAUGUGGACGCAGUAUUUUGACGCGCUCAAGAGAAACGGUUGCGUGUUCAAUGGUCUCCCUGUUCAUUGUGAGCGACAUCCGGAAACCUCAAUGCUACUGAAGACCCCUCAAGACUUUGACAUUAUGUGCCCUGAUGGAGGGUGCGCUGAACCUUGUGGCACUGUGCUGAGCUGUGGGAAACACUUUUGCAACCGACGUUGUCAUCGGGUGCAAGACCAUUCAAAUGUUGGAUGCGUCGAGAAGGUUGACAGAACGUGUGCGAGGGGCCAUAAGUCAAAGGUGCCUUGCGGAGAUAAGUCCAAAUCCUGCAUCACGUGUACCAAGGAGGACGAAGACAAUCGUCGCCGCAUCGAGCGGAACCUGGACCUCGAGCGAAAGCGUGCAGAGAAGCAGGAUCAGUACCGGAAGGAGUUACAAGAGAUCGAAGACGAGAUCGACCAUCACCGAAGAACGAUGAAGUUUGAGACUGAAGAAAGAGAACAGGCGGACGAAUUGCAGCGGAAGAAGGAAGAGCUUGAGGCUUUGCGUCAAGCCAAGGCCAACAAGGCCAAGAUGGAAUCAUCUCAGACGAACCAACCACCGCCUGAGGACUCGAUACCCCAGUUCGACAUCAUAUCAAAUGCCGCUUCCGAGUGGAAGCACAUGAAAGACGUUGAGGGUGCCCGAAAUGCCGCUUUGGACAGGCUUAUGGGGAUGAUUGGCCUGGAAUCAGUUAAAGACCAGAUGCUGUCCAUUAAAUCGGCAAUUGACACCAAAAUACGCCAAAGGUUCUCGCUGGGUGACGAGCGAUGGAGUUGCAAGACUACAGUAGCAAGGAUCUAUGCCGAGUUCCUGACCACGGUUGGAGCGAUCCCAGGAACGCGCUUCAAAGAGGUAUCGGGCGCAAAGCUUGCCAACAUUGGCGUAACUGGCUGCGAGAAGCUUCUAGAGAAGAUAAAGGGAGAUGGUGGAGGCUGUCUCUUCAUAGAUGAAGCAUAUCAAUUGUCAUCCGGCAAUAGCCCUGGUGGAAAGGCAGUCCUGGACUUCCUGUUGGCAGAGGUCGAAAACUCACGAGGGAAAAUUGUCUUUGUCUUGGCUGGCUACAGAAAUGAGAUGGAGUCGUUCUUCGCCCACAACCCCGGUAUCCCCAGUCGAUUUCCCAUCGAGAUGAAAUUUGAGGACUACACAGAUGAUGAACUCCUUCAGAUCCUUCAGUUGCAAACCCACCGCAAGUUCAAAGGAACGAUGAAGGUUGAACAAGGCAACGACGGACUGUUCUGUCGCAUUGUUGCACGACGAGUCGGCCAUGGUCGUGGAAGAAAUGGUUUCGGCAACGCACGAGCAGUUGAGAAUUACCUCCAAGUCAUCACCAACAGACAAGCCACACGUCUUCGAAGAGUCCGCCGAUCCGGCGCAGAACCAGACGAUUUCUUGCUCACUCAAGAAGAUCUAAUCGGCCCCGAGCCGUCCGCAGCGUUGGCCAAAAGCAAUGCGUACCGAGACCUCAGCUCAAUGAUUGGCCUGAAAGAGGUUAAAGACGCGCUGAAGGUACUUAUGGACACACUCAAGACGAACUACCAUCGCGAGCUUGAAGAGAAACCCUUGGUUGAGUUCUCACUUAACAAGGUCUUUUUGGGAUCACCAGGAACUGGCAAAACGACCAUCGCGAAGCUUUAUGGUCUGGUACUCAAAGACCUAGGGCUCUUGUCCAACGGAGAGCUCAUUGUCAAGAACCCAGCUGACUUUGUUGGUCAACAUAUCGGCAGCUCCGAAGCUCAGACAAAGGCUAUACUGGCGUCAACGGUCGGAAAGGUCCUUGUGAUCGAUGAAGCCUAUGGGCUGUUCAGUGGCAGGGCUGAUGGCUCCAGUAUGAAUCAGUUCAAGACAGCCGUGAUCGAUACCAUUGUGGGUGAGGUACAAAGCGUUCCCGGUGAAGACAGAUGUGUCCUACUUCUUGGGUACAAAGACAAAAUGGAAGAGAUGUUCCAGAACGUCAAUCCUGGCCUGGCUAGACGUUUUCCCAUUGCAUCUGCCUUUGUCUUUGAAGACUUUGAUCAAGAGGAAUUGGCCAAGAUUCUCGAUAUGAAGCUUGGAAAGUCAGGAUUCAAGGCAACAGAAAGAGGCAAGUCUGUCGCUUUGGAGGUUCUCAACCGUGCGAGAAACCGACCCAACUUCGGAAACGCGGGUGAGAUCGAUAUACUGCUUGGCAGAGCACAGGUGAGCCACCAGCAGCGCGUCUCGUCAGGUCGGAUCAAGCGCCAUGGUACUUUAGAGGCAAUUGACUUUGAUGAAGAUUACGACCGAGCCGAGAAGGGGACCGAUGUUGCGAAGCUUUUUGCAGGAGAUAUCGGGCGCGACCAUCUUGUAUCAAUCCUCGAAGGCUAUCAGAAGCGCGUACGAGAAGCGAAACAGCUUGAAGUUGAUCCGGAAAUACCCUUCAACUUUUUAUUUCGUGGCCCACCUGGAACAGGCAAGACCACAGCAGCGCGCAAAAUGGGCAAGGUGUAUUACGACAUGGGUUUCCUGGCUAGCACAGAGGUCCUCGAAGUGUCUGCUACUGACAUGAUCGGUCAAUACGUCGGGCAUACAGGGCCAAAGGUGCAAAAGCUUCUCGAAAAGGCGAUGGGCCGUGUGCUUUUCAUUGAUGAAGCUUAUCGGCUUGCGCCGACUAAACAUGGAUCGUUUGCACAGGAGGCGAUUGACGAGUUGGUAGAUUGCGUCACAAAGCCUAAGUACCAAGGCAAGCUCAUCAUCAUCCUGGCUGGCUACGUACAAGACAUCAACAACUUGCUUGGUAUCAAUCCGGGCUUGUCGAGCCGGUUCCCGGAGAGUAUCGACUUUGACCCUUUGACUGUCGCAAGCUGCAUUCAUCUAUUGACGACUCAACUGCAAGCAAAGAAGGAUAAGAUUAAGGACAAGAAGUUUGUCGAUGUAUCCUGUCUGGAGAUCCUUGCGUCACCGUUCCUUCAAGCAUUGACUGUCAAAUUUGAGACUCUUUCUCAACAGGAAGGCUGGGCCAAUGCAAGAGACGUGAAGGAACUGGCCAAGAAGAUGUAUCACAAGCUCGACUUUUCUCCACCAACUCUGACGCUGACAGAGGACAUCGUUCUAUCCACUAUUGGCGAGAUGAUAUCUGAACGGUCCGGCAGGAUGAACAACAAGGCCAAGACCGCUACCAGAUCUCCCAAGGUACCGUUCAUGACACCUACCCCAACGAUGUCUGCACCCAAGUUCAAUUCAAGCUCGAACCCGAACCCGAAGAGCACAAAUGAAGAUGAUCAGGGGAAACCGGAAGAUGAAGAGUGCGAUGUCAACGAGGGAAGCGACCUUCGAGACGCUGGUGUGAGCGAUGAGGUAUGGGAACAACUUCAGAAGGACAAGAAGAAAGAGGCGCAAGACAAACAAGAUCUGGAACAUCUCAAGAAGGCCCAAAAUGACGCGAGUGAUGCCGAUAGGGAGAGGCUUGUGCGCCAGAUUUUGGCGGCGGAGGAUAAGCGCAAGAAGAUUGAAGAAGCGAAGGAGAAGUUGAAGCAGAUGGGUGUUUGCCCUGUCGGAUACCAUUGGAUUAAGCAAAGCGGGGGAUAUCGGUGUGCUGGAGGCUCGCAUUGGAUGAAUGAUGAGCAGGUAAACAAGAUGUAA